GCUCCCGGCGCUCGGUCCGAUGAGGGAAGCUGGGGCAGGGACCCCGCUGCGGGGCCGGAGGUGUAGGCAGGCGCUCAGAUAGAUGCUUUCAAGUUGGCGGGCGGUGGGAUACAGGGGCUGCGCGCAGCUGCUGAGUGCGCGCCCGGAGCGAUUCGGGUCCCUGGUUCCCCCCAAACCUGGUACUCGGUGCGCGGGCAGGGUUGAGCAAGCCGCGAAGCGGAGCACUUUCCUCCGAGAAAGUUGAGGAUGGAGCCCUUAUUUUCUCACCGUGCCCGCGGUACGAUGGUCCUGAGAGUGGCGCCUGAAGCCCCCGGUGUGGAGGAGCUGAGUGGGUCGCGGCGCCCCUGGGCAGAGCUCCUCCACCCCCGGCUGAAAUCUAGGAAACACCCAGAUCUUCGCUUCCCUGGCGUCGUCUAGGAAAAUCAUUCCUGCCAAAACAGAGGAAACUUAUUGUGCACCCUCCUCCCUUGUUCUACAAUGAGUGCCAAGUCGACCAUCAGCAAGGAGAUUUUCGCACCUCUUGACGAAAGGAUGCUGGGAGCUGUCCAAGUCAAGAGGAGGACAAAGAAAAAGAUUCCUUUCUUGGCAACUGGGGGUCAAGGCGAAUACUUAACUUACAUCUGCCUGUCAGUGACAAACAAGAAACCUACACAGGCGUCCAUUACGAAGGUCAAACAGUUUGAAGGUUCCACGUCGUUCGUGCGGAGAUCACAGUGGAUGCUCGAGCAGCUUCGCCAGGUUAAUGGCAUCGAUCCUAAUCGGGAUUCUGCAGAGUUUGAUUUGUUGUUUGAAAAUGCUUUUGACCAGUGGGUAGCCAGCACAGCCUCAGAAAAAUGCACCUUCUUCCAGAUCCUCCACCACACCUGCCAGAGGUACCUCACGGACAGGAAGCCGGAGUUUAUUAACUGCCAAUCUAAAAUCAUGGGAGGAAACAGCAUCCUCCAUUCAGCGGCCGAUAGCGUGUCCAGUGCCGUGCAGAAAGCGAGCCAGGCCUUGAACGAGCGUGGGGAGCGGUUAGGCCGAGCAGAGGAGAAGACCGAGGACUUGAAGAACAGCGCCCAGCAGUUUGCAGAAACUGCACACAAGCUUGCCAUGAAGCACAAAUGUUGAGGAACUGCCUAUCCUGGUGAGCCUCUGAAGAGAAAUGGAAGAGUUUGUUUGCUCAGCAGUUUUUUCAAGAAUUCCGGACCUCCACUUGCUUCUUUUUUUCCAAUAAUAUGUGGACAUUUAGGGGUUUUGUUUUUCUUUUGAAGAUGUUAGUAUGAAAAAAGAUGUUAUGUUUAUAUAUUUCCCUCAUGAUCUUGCUAAAAAUGCUGCAAUAGCAAGAGUUUCAUUUUGGUUUUGCUUUUUUCCACUGUGUGUGUGUGUGUGUGUGUGUGUGUUUCCUUUUUUAAACUUUUUUUUAUGGUAGUUUGAAUGUGAAAUUUGGACAAACUGAUAUAUUGAGCUGGGUCUAAACUGACAUCAUGUAUUUUUUUCCCUGAUAUUAAACAGGAAGACAUUUUAAAAUGGUGACAUCAGAUGUUAUUGUUCCUGGAUGGAAAUAAAAAUCAAGCCAUGAUUGGUUUCACUCAGUCUCCUAGCUACUCUUAAUUCGAAGGUUAAGGUGCUAUAUCCUGAGAAAUAAAUCUGUAUUAUGAAAAACAAUUGGAUUUAUCAGGGGAAACAGCAGUCUUAGAUUUUGCUUUUUAUGUAAUAAUCUUUUGCAUGAGCCAUCACCAGCAUUCAAAAAAAACCAAAUCAGAAUCACAGAUAGAAAUCUCCUUUCUGAGGCACAGUUUAAAUACUUGGUUCUAGGCUGAUUAUUUGAAACUAUCAAAUGAAGGAUAAAAAUUUGAGGUUAAAGACCGAAGAAAAAACCUAUUUAAAAACCUCUGUGCAUUAUUUAUGGCUGGGUUUUUUUGUUUGUUGGUUGGUUUUUUGUCAUUGUCCCAAACUCCAGUAGCUGGUAUUGAAAAGAGCUUGGAUGUUUAUCAAGAAUUGAUUUGCCCAGAUAAAGGUCUAUGUAACUGAUAAUGUGAAAAGAUGUUACAUUUAAAAUGUUUUCUUUUUACAAAGUCAUGUCUAUCUUAAAGAUACCCUCACAAUGUCCUUGGGAAAUGGCCUUCAGUUUCCUGGUAUCUGAUUUUUGGAAGUGUUGAUGUUGUUAUUGCUACUUAUUUAAUGUAAUUUUCAGUAUGGGUUUCUAGACAAAUUGCAUUUCACGGCAAUUGCAGCUUGCCAGGUCUGACAUAAAACAGCACCAUCGUGAAGCCUGAAAGAAGUUGGUUCACACGUAUGAUUUUGAAUUACUUGAGGUAAUACUGGGUUCAGAGCCUGGGCGUCUGUUUCUUAGAGGGUUAAAAUGCCAAACAUGAAAGCCUUGCUUUGUCUUCCUGAAACAGGAGGCAAGCUGCACAUUCAGACACAUUGCCAGCCUCCCACUGCAACACAAUGAUUUUUAAGCUGCCUGAAUCUUCAGGACCCUUUCUGUCCCUUCCUAUCAUGGAGCCAAUUGAGUCCACAUGUAUUGUAGCCUCUUACAUAGCAGUAUAAGAUGACUUUUGGAUUAUUUAUGCUGAUUUCAAUAGCUUAAGUUCUCCUGAUAGAGAACUUCCCAGGGAGAUAGAACAUUGGGCUAUUGGAGAAAAGCAUUAUCUUAUACAGUAUGUGUCAAAAGGGAGAUGGGGUUUGCUGUAGACAGAUUUCUGAAUCCUCUUAGGGAGAUGAUCCAAUUCUAAAAAACUCUCUGUAAAAUUUAUAUUGUAAACUAUAGAAGUUUACUAUAAUAUUUUGUACUUUUCUUUUGGUGCCAAAAAUGUUUAACGAAAUAAGAAGUUUUCUAUCCGAGGAGUACCAUUAGAAGCAUUUAUAAUUUUUAAGAAAAGCCCAAAAUAUCACUCCAAAAAGAUUUUGCUUGCAGACCUCGUUUCAGACACACACGCAUAAUCAUUUUCCCAAAUUGGAUUCUAGCUUUAGAGGUAGAUAGUUGGUAUAAAUAAUUGAAAGGGUAAAUCUAAAACACCCUGACAAUAAGCCAAACUCAAAAAUACAAUUUGUUGCCAACUAACAACAGUGUUUGCGGAGCUGCUUCUGAAGUAGCAGAGGAUGAGGUCACAAGCAUAUUGUGAAAUUUGAGAUUCUUCCUUCCUGCUCAAAUUGUGAUAGCUACUCUUCAUAAAUAUAAGUAUUCCACAUCUUUCCCUUUCCUCACUCUCUGUUUAUCCUUUAGGCUUGUGUCUUAUUGGAAAUAGCCUGGAUUAGAAGAAGAGACCUAUCUGAAUUAGCUUUCUCUAUUGAUUUGCUUCUUGGCUGUGGCCAUGACCUUGACUUCCCAGUGUCAAAGUCAUAAGUAGGGCUCCAUCCCUCAGAGAGGCCAGAAGAACAAUCCUUGUCCCUCCUCAACCUCUUGAACUCUUGCACAGGAGCCCUGUGAUGACACAUAUUCUUUUGUAGAAGGUGCUGUAAUACAAAGUAUUAAUAAAAUCUAACCUAGAGAAAA